CUUCAGUUUCGCUGUCACUCGACAAAUCACUGAAAUCUGGAACCGCAGACCACAUGGAUAUUAUUUAGAUGUUGCCCAACGCUUUAAGAUGGAAAUUUCAGUGGAUACAUGACAACUUUAAACUGAUAGAACUGAGGAUGUUAUUAGGGGAUGGAUCAAUAAGUUCCAGAGCGGAAAACAUUUUGCGAUAAAAAGAAAAUUACAGGCCUACUUUAUACGAAGAGGGAAUGUUGUAAAGCCACGAUCAACCUUGGACAUUACGUAAAUGUAGCUCAAUAUUGUCAUAUUAUUCGGCAACACAAUGGUUUACCUUGCUUGAAUUGAUGAGAGACACUCCCGACUUCAGGGGAAAAAUUAUGAUUCUGAGGAAGGGACUGUGAGCUACGGAGUAAGAGGGACGGAGAUAAAACCAGCAAGAUGGGACGAAGCUCGGACGACCACCAGCGUAACCUGCAACGUUUUCACCAUAAAUCCAAGAUCUUAUUGAACACAAGAGAGAGAGAUUACCUUCAUGAUGUCUUGAAACAGUAUCAUGCAAACCAGGACCUAAAGAAACUGAUAAAAUGCCUCCUGACCGUGUUAGACACUCCGGCCAAACUUGACCUUCUCGUCGAGGUCAGGGGGCUCCUUCCCAAGGUGCACCUUGCCCAGUUUGAUUGGCUGGCCCCUUAUGCCAAGAUGGCACAUCCUGUUAUUCUCAGUGGAGGGCAAAGCGGGGGUACCACCACCAACGGCAGUGUUAAACACAUGAGGAAGACCCGAAGCGAUGGGUCUGUCGUCAGAGGUACAAACGGUAUCCAUGCCAACCCAGCCACAGUUGUUCGCAUGGUAACCAUUGACAAAGACAGCGACACGUUGGGAUUCAGCAUCUACGGUGGCUCGGAGCAUGGCAAGGGAAUUUUCAUCAACUCCGUGGAGCGGGGCUCAGUUGAAGAAUCUCUUGGGCUUUGUGCAGGGGACCAGAUCCUAGAGGUCAACAACAUCAGUUUUGAUAACAUCACUAGAGGCAGUGCAUCAAUGGUGCUGCAGGGUAACAGUAGACUUCGCUUGAAAGUACAGCACUGGGGAAGAGUGCAUGGCAAUCGCAUGGCAAAAGAAAAAACAUCUUGGUAUGACACAGUGCAGCGGAUGAUCGUUGCUGGUGAGUUCAAUGAUGUGGAUCCUUCCCACGCUGCCAUGGGAGGAACGAGGCUGCUUAGCGGUGGAAACGAGAGACGGGUCAUCAUCACGCUGUCGUCCAAUCGUUGCAUCGGGUUAAACAUCAGAGGAGGAAUGGAAUAUGGUGUUGGGAUAUAUGUGUCAAAGGUUGACCAAGGGGGUUUAGCAGAGUCCCAUGGAAUCACCGUUGGGGAUCAAAUCAUCGAUGUCAAUGGAGUGACCACAGAGAAUGCCACACAUGCGCAGGCAGUGGAGCUAAUACGGAACCAGCGCUGCCUCAUCAUGACCAUCAGGAGUGUUAACCGGUAUCCGGCCUACAAGGAACUGUGCAAUGAUUAUGAGUGGCCAGUUAGGGAUACUCAUCCGAAACGUCGCCACAGUACUUCACCCACCUCAGGUACCAACCCCCUCAUUCACAGUGAACUCAUCGAUGCUAUCCCAUUGGAGGUCGCUGAGCAGUACACGCAGACGCAUGCACAUAACGAGAGCCGUGAUUGGCUCCCCAAUCAGUCAAUCACAAUGUCACCGACGCCCAUCCCGAAGUCGUCAAGGUCUUCGGUUGCAACGGAGACAGCAACACUCAUUCAGAAACACAUUGCGUCCACUGAGACUGGUACCUCCACUGAGCCUCCUGAGCAGACAGCCAGCCAAGCUCAGUCUAGUACCCAGGCUUCUUUGAAUCCUGCUUCACCGAAUACUGACAAGAGAAUCGGCCGUUCACACAGCAUGAAAUUCCCCGGUGAGAAAGCGCUGCCCUCGUUUGAGACGGACAUCAGUAAGAAGGAGAGCCAAAGAGUUCAGAGGAAUCGGACCUUUAGGGAAGUCCUCUUUGGGAUGAAGAUGAAGAGUAAAGAUAAGAAAGAUAAGGCAGACUCUAAGCAACGAGGAGACAAGAAAGCCACAGUCGAUCCAAAGCACAUGAAGAAGAGAUACCCGACCUCAGCCUCCUACGCAAGCCUCAGUAAGAAACCGCUGGUAGAGCAGACUGUAGAGCCAGUCAGCCGAUCAGAGCCAUCUAUGGCAGGAUGGGCUACACGCAAGGAUAACACAUCACUAGCAAGCUCAAAUCCAGGCAGCAUUGCACGGCGUCAACUACCAAAGCAGCCCCAGCCGAUCCCGGCACCUUACAUCCCUAAACAUCAACGACCUUCAGAUCCACGGUCUACCGCUCCAGGGACACAGCUACCGGCCGCGUUCCAGCACGGCGCAGGCACCCAACUCAUGUAUUCUGAAGCAACGUACGCCAGCGCGAUGAGCGUACUGGUUGAGAUGACCAAGAAGCUGUUGAAUGAUGACGAACAGAGUGCAGUCAUGAGACAUGUCAAGUGGUACCAUCAAGAGGGGCGGAUUGAGAACCUUGUGCCCCCCAUACUGGCCAUCUUGGACAAACCCGAGAAGAUUCUACUGCUGCGAGAGAUCCGAGGGGUGAUAGCGCCCUCGGACCUGGGUCGUUUUGACAGCAUGGUGUCCAGGAAGGAACUCCAAGCCUAUGAGAAUCUACAGUCUGGGCGCAAAGAUCCUUCUCAGCCGAUGCAUUCCAUGAGACGGAAUUCAAUCGGCAAACCAAAGAAGACCAUUCUUGAACCCAAGACAGACCUGGAGGGAAAGUUUUUUCUGCAAACUCCUGAGGAUAUCCAGCAGGACAAACGGCGACAACGAGAACUUGAAGCUCUUCGCUUGGAAAAUCUGAAGGAGGUCUUGGAGGAAAGCGAAACGGAAGAGGAUGGAGACAGUAAAUCUGCUCCAUCUGACAACAAUUCCUUGGACAACAGCGACAUCGUCAUGUCUCUCUUCGACAACCCCCCAAAGACCGACUUCACCAGUCCACAGUCCAAGUCACCUGAUUCAAAUCAGACUCUUAAGAUCUUGAAUGUACCUUCGUCACCAAAAGAGACGAAAGCCAAACGAGGUUUGUGGACCGACGCUGCCAACUCAAACUGGGAGGAUGAGAUUGUCUUUGCUGUUAAGGAAGUCACUGUUGAGAAGUCACCAGUCACCUUUGAAGGUCAUCAACAGGGUUCGUCAAGUGGUGUUGCGGGAGGUCCUAGUGAGAGGACGGGAAGGGAAUCUGGAUUUGGAUCGGGAGAUGAACUCGCAGAGAAGGUCUCUAGAAAGGCUUUAGACCCAGACGUGAUAUCGCAUAUGUAUUUGUCACAGCUAAGCAGCGGAGAUGAAGGAGGUGCUAAUUGGAUGCUGCCCAGUAUCGAAGACGACACUCUUGAUGACAACAUCUCAAUCAAAGAAUCAACGAAAGUUUACGACGAAGAGAUCUGCGGACUUGAUGACAGUGAUGACGAUGUGGAGCUCCCUCCUUUUGAUGGUGACAUCUCUUCAGGCAUCGAUGCUGCAGAUGGUGGGAUAAAGCCUAAUAAAAGUGGACUGUACAGCCUGGUUGGGACAAACAAUUAUCACCAGGACAUUGGCGUUCACUCGAAUGCUACCUCUCCUGCCUGGUCCUCCCCUAACACCUUCUCUCCGAUAAGUGCUACCAGUGACAUGUCCCUCCCACCAACCCCAAACUCCUUGAACGGUAUGACAUCUCCUGCAGUACCCAAAACCUCUCCCAACAGUGGCACUGACCCUUCUUCUGCUGAGCCAAUCUAUGCAAAGGUUGAUCUGACCAGAAAGAGAAGCAAAGAUUCAGUCAAGAACAGCUUGUCCGUGGAAGGCUCAUUCGACGGUUCAGAGGGAUCUGAGAGUGGCCGUCGAAGUCCUUUCAAAGUGACCUUCACCACUGAGUACAGAGGCUCGCCGGUGCCUGCGAAGAAGAGCAUUUUGAAGAACAGUUUUCGCCAAGACGAAUCCCCCAACGUGGCGAAGAGAAAGAUAAGCAGCGACUACAUGGAUAUAGAGGACAUCAACCUGGACGGACCAUCUGCAUCUAAGGAGAUUCACUCCAACGGGAAGCCUCCAUCCAAGGAUAAAUCCAACGGUAGCAAAAUGCUAGAACAUCUCAAUGCACAGAUGGAGACAAUGACGGUGUCACUGCCUAAAAACAGGCCAUCCCUAGGAAUCAGCAUCUCUGGAGGAAACGAUAGCAAAAAUCAACCCGAGGUUAGAAUUGAUCGCAUUUUUCCAGGGGGAGCAGCAUCAGAUGAUGGAACCCUCGAGGCAGGCAUUGAGGUUCUGUCCGUCGACGGUGAGUCACUACUCAGUGUGAGUCACCCUCAAGCCGUGGAUAUCAUCAGGAAAGCAUACCACAACAAGAACAAGGCCACCAUUGAGUUUGUCGUCAAGCAGUCAUUUGAAGAAGUAGACACUCAUCUGUAAGGUCAUCAUGAGGUCACAGGUCACCUUUGCAUUAACUCUGACCUUACCCCUCCUCCCCUUCCUCCUUCAAAUCUGUUAGAAUCCAACAGCAAGUGCAGGCCUGGGAUUUUGAAAGUUUUAAAGGAUAUUGCCAUUUUCAUUUUGCAAAGGGCACUUCCAUAGAAAAUCUUAGAGUCAAUGGAAACUUGUGAAGGGGCACCAAGGCCAAGACCAAGGGCAACGGAGGCCGUGGCCUCUGUGCCUGCAUGUGGUUGUCUCAUGUUGUGCUAGCUGAGCCAAUGGUUAUUGUUCAGAAAGCUGGCUCUGCUUAUCGCCAAAUUCUGCACUUGCGAUCACCAUUUAAUUCUUUACUUGCGGCGCUUAAUUUUUUUUGCGCUAGCUGUGUAAGCAAAGAAUCCCUAGUUACCACGAGUAUGCUGGCCCACAAGCAAAACUUCCCUGCUAACCUGUGAAAUAUGUUCAAGGAACUUCCUGCUUCCGUAAGCGCUGAUUUUUUUAGUAGACAGAAACAAUGACUGGAUCUUACAGGGUUCUCAUAACACUGUUGUUACCCAGCUUUAAAAACCUGAAAAUUCCUUACAAUAGAUUGUUUCUGGCUACUUUACCAACAGACCUUUAUCAUAGUGUGUGGCCAACAUGAAAUUGUCUCCCAUUCAAAUCAAUGUUUAUACCAAACCGAGGCUGAAAGGAGAAAUAGUCUGGUUCCUUUUUGUAUUUAAGGAACAUUAGCAUCAUUUACUUGUUAUAGGAUACUGGGUAUAAAUCAGUGCAUUACAAAACUGAAUUUGACUUUGGAGCCCCUCUUUAAUUUCCAUUGCUUGUUUGUUUGGCGAAAUUUGUGAAAAUAUAUCCGUGCCUUGGACCAAAUAGUACUUUUUAAAUCUUAUUUCGUAGACUCCUUUCAUAUGAUGUCACAAGAUCAAGUAGCGCCCUCACUGGGGUCAAAGGGAAAACUAUCAUUGGUUGGAAGUUGUGCGUUUCACGUACACUUUGCACAUUUCAGUUGAUUAUUGUGUGGCCGCCUAUGCAGCGACUAUAUUGAAAGCAAUAUCAUUUUAUUACCUUUUUUUAAAUUAAGUAUUAUCUUUUUAUGUAUACAAUAAUGCCAGAAUUGAGCAAAACAAUAUCAAUAGUACUGUUGUUUAUACUUGAACAACAAUUAAUAAUAAUGUGUGCCUUAUUGUUUUGCUGCUUUUAUUUAUAGCGAUAUUUCACAAAUUCUUGUUGUAAUGUUUUAUACUAUCAGUUUUUUUUAGGAGAUAGUUUUAAUCAUCCUUUUAGAGUCACAUUUUUUAACUUUUUAUUACAUAGUUUCUGAAAUUGUUACAUAUUUAGAACUGUUUGUAAAUAUAGUAAACGUUUGAAUUGUGUGUGAUGGUUUGAAUUUAAGAUAUGUACAGCAGGGUAAUAUGGGUAUCGUAUUUGGUUUUCUUUUUACUUCUUUUCCUUUUGGCAUUUUCAUUUAAAUGUUUGGUGAAAACAAACCCAUUCGGUGUUAAGAAUUGAUGCUAUGGACAAACAAUUUGUGUUCUCUUUUUUUUUAAAGGAAUAUUACAGAAUUGGUUUUGCUAGCAAAAAAGGUUGUUGGCAGUGUAAGCAC